AUGGCCUCCAAUGUGCCAGGUCCCAGUGUGGGAGGUAGUCCUCCUCAGUCUGUCAACGAGAUUACCAAGAUCGCCCAAGAUUAUCAGUACAACGCGGCCAUCGCACUUAAAUACUGGCUCCGGACAGCAGCCACGCUAAUCCGAGAGGCCCAGAUCUAUGAGCGCGAAGGACACGAUGAGCAAGCUUACCUACUUCUUUUCCGACAUGCCCAGCUGGUUCUGGUAAACCUGUCAAGACAUCCGGAUGCCGCCAAAGAUGAGAAGAAUCGCAUGGCACUUGUAGCCGCCGAGAAAGAGGUGGAGAAAAAUCUGGCUAAGCUAGAAAUUCUCAAGCCAAGAAUCAACAAACGAUACGAGCGCUACACCCAAUUGAUGCGCGAGCGCGACUCCAGAAAGCUGUCUUCGGAGUUCAACAUCGUCACAGAACAGAGCGACCGACCUGUGGAUCCCGCAUUGAGUGGGGUCGCAAAGCCUCUAGAAGCUGGAGAGAAUCGAGAUCUGGCCGUCCGAUUAGCGCGGUCCGAACUCAAUCGCAGGGCGACUGUCCGCAGGAAUGAAGACGACAAUCGCCGAGAAGCGGGCGUAUGGGGGGAUUGGGAAAGUGCACUGACUACGGACAAACAGUCCGCCGAUAAUGACUUGAGUCAGCGCAUCCAGAAUAUCAGAUCCAAUAUUGAUCAUACCCAGCUUGCCAGCCAGAGUCAGCGCGCGCAGAAACCGGUGCUGCGCGAGACAUCCUCCGUAGCGGCAACAUACAACUACCCUACCGUUCCCCGCCAGAAGCCUUUGGUACCGUCCCUCUCGUCCGGCCAGAUUGCCAUACGUGACAAGAAUGCGGAAAGACAGCCACCCCCGAUUCUACCACCGAAGGAACAUGUCGAGCCACACCGGGCAUCUUUCGUCGACGGAGCAUUUGCAGCAGAUCCUCCACCACUUCCAUCAAAAGUGUCAUCAGCUCCGCCACCACCUGAGAAGGUCCAAUUUGAUGAUGCCACAUCAUGUAGCCUUGACCCGGCUAGCUACACCUUCAAGCCCUCCGCGUACCUAGAAAACGGCAGUCCACUGCGCUCUGUAUUUCUCCCCUCCAGUCUUCGGGCUCGAUUUUUGUCUCUCGCAGCUCCAAACACCCACCGCAACUUGGAAACUUGUGGUAUUCUCUGUGGGACAUUGGUUUCCAAUGCUCUUUUUAUCUCCAGGCUAGUGAUCCCAGAACAAAUAUCUACAUCGGACACCUGCGAGACUACCAAUGAAAAUGCAAUUUUCGAGUACUGUGACUCUGAAGACCUGAUUAUGCUGGGAUGGAUUCAUACACAUCCCUCUCAGACAUGCUUCAUGAGCUCGCGUGAUUUACACACUCAUUCUGGUUAUCAAGUGAUGCUCCCAGAGAGCAUUGCAAUUGUCUGUGCACCUAGCAAAAAUCCUGACUGGGGUGUGUUUCGACUCACCGAUCCACCUGGGCUGAAGACAGUUCUCAAUUGCACACAGAAGGGCCUGUUUCAUCCACAUGCUCAAGAGAACAUAUAUACGGGUGCAUUGCGACCCGGUCAUGUGUUUGAGGUUAAUGGCCUGGAGUACGAAUCUGUGGAUCUACGCCCCAAAGAUCAGCGUGAUUAA